UUUUUGCGAGGAUAACAAAAAAAACGAGAAGAAAGAAACAGUACAGAAAUAAAUAGUGUCGAAAAAAUGAAAACGCAUUUAACUCUCAGCCUACCAGUAGAACACUAUCGAUAGUUUGUUGUGGCUGGUGUAAUGUGCAGGUCUCAUAAUUAGUACGGCUCUGAGGUGUGGAGUGUGCUUUUGUUCUGGUGUAUCUGUGCAAUCCCACGCAAGGGGGCACGCAAGCGGACUAGCAUCGCGUGCGAGGUGGCAUUUCCUCCUCCCAGUUGGUGUACAGGGGGUCACUUCAGGUGUAGAAAAUAGGCGAGCGGAACGGCAGUGGCACUGGUCCUUGCGGGCACUGGCCAGAAAGGGACAUCGUCUCCGCUGCAAAUGAGUACCAUGGUGUGUACGCUAUAGAACGACUGCAGACCCGUUAGCUUUGUGUGUAUGGUACUGCGUUGACAUCGUUACACAGAAGGUUAAAACACACACGAGCGGAUGGGAAGAGUUGCACAAUUGAUUUUUCUCAAACCUCGAACGAAGGGCCGUCACCCGCACGACUGGGUGUGAAGCUUCAAAACAAACAGUGCAUUAGCGACACCAGUGUGUUCGGAUAAUUGGUGCAGAGGUUCUCCGUGCAGUGUUUGUUUGUGUGAGUGUGUGUGUGUUCGGUGUGAUUGAAUAUAGAAGCUAUAUCGAGAAACUUUCCCGCAAAGGGAUAGUCCAUCAUGGAAGACAAACUGUUCACUAGCGUCGAGGAGGAGUGCCUGUACUGGAAGGAGCGCUGCCUGAAGGUGUCGCAAGAGCGGGACGAUGCGCAGCGGGAGUUCGAUGACUUCACCACCGAGUCGCGGCAGCUGGAAGCCGAGCUGGAGAUGACGGUAGAACAGCAGGAGAAGAAGAUCCGCGACCUAAAUCAGCUGGUCAAUCAGCUGCACAGCGAGAACGAAUCCUACAAAAGGAAGAUGCAAUACUCCGAAAAUGAAACCAACAAAAUCGAUGCCGACUUUCGGCAGCUGGCAAAGGAGAACGAAAAGCUGAAGAUAUACAUUCGUGAACUGGAGCAAAAAAAUGACGAUCUAGAACGGGCAAACCGGGUAGCGAGCGAAAGUGUGGCCGAAUUCGAAUCGAUGCUGAACCAGGCGUACGAGAAGAACGCACUGCUCGAGCUGGAGGUGGACGAGAAGGAGCGCAUGCAGAUUAAGCUGCAACGAUUAAUGGAUGAGGCGCGCGAUUUGAAGCAGGAGCUGAAGGUGCGCACCCUUAAGCCGGACGAGCAUGGCGAAAAGCUGGAAGAUGACGAGCUGGGCGAACACGGGGACGGUUCCAGCAAACAGUUGGAUCCCUCGAACGAAACUGCGUCGACCACGACAACCAUUGCUACCGCCAACGUAACGUCCGCGGUCGGCGCACCGCAGCAGAUGAACAGUGUUGGUCUUGGGGGCGCGGAUGGCAUAGAUCCGGACGAUGGUACGCUGGGUGGUUGCAAGCUAGAGACGCUCAAUAACAACCUGAACAGCAGCAAGCAGCAGCGAAGUGCGCUCGUUUCGCCCAUGGUGAAACUGUCGGCAAGCAAGUUGAAUGACUUUGGUCGCGAAACGACCACGCCAGAGGACGGCAUCGUCGGGGACGGUGUAAAGUCAACGCUGCUGUCCUCACCCAGCAGUCAGCUGAUAAUAGAGCGAAAUGGAAACAGUACGCCCUCGAGCGCACUCGUUCCGGGUGGGCUGGGCGGGCUCAAUGCCCCAAUGGCACCGAGCGACCGCGUUUCGACACUGAACAUCGUGGCCGACCUGCUGCGACGGCUGGACAAUAUGGAGGCGAAGCUGAAGGCGUGGAAGAUUCGCAAACCCUCGUCGCGCACCGGCCCCGGCAGUGCGGGUACGGUCGGCAGCAAUGUUCGAACAUCUCUGCACACCAGCCACACGAUUUCGAAUCUGCACCACAGUGCCGGUACAGGUGGACUGAUGAACAGUCAUAAUCACCAUCAUCCUCACCACCAUCACCAUAGCAACCAUCAUUACCAAAGCCAGCUGCAGCAGCAGAACCACCACGCAGACAGCAAUCUCUCGCUCAAUUCGCUCGGCUCCGGCGAUGGUACGGUGCUGCUCGCCUCGUCGGCCAACUGUUGCGGCGCUACUGGCAACGGCAGUAGUAACGCGACAGUCGGCAAUGUGCAGCUGCAUUCUUACCAGCCCAGCACCAUCACGAUCGGUACGCAAACAUCCCAGCAUUUGCCGGCAACCUCGUUGCCCACCAAGACGGAACUAUUGCGUACGAAUAAGUAAUGGUACAAAGCAUGUCCUCAGCCGCAUGACACUCCGCACACAGAACCGACGAGUUUGUGUUUUGCAGUACACAAAACGGGAUAAAUGCAGUGAUGGCCAGUGGGGAAUUGCGCUAAAUGUUAUAUUCCGAGCGCGAAAGAGUGAUGGGCGAGGGUGAUGAAACUACCAACAUAAGACACUGUGACAAAGUGAUUUAAUUUAAAUAUUUUCGAGUUUUGUUUUGUUUUUUACGUUACACCGUCCAUCGCAAGGAGGAGGAGGUGGUGUGUGGGUGGAUUAUGCAGAUUAUGUGCCCGCUCCGUACAGUUCGGUUUUAAUCGUACAAUUAAUUGGUUCAGUUUUGAUACUAACUUCCUUUUCAUCGGUUGUACAUAUACAUAAUAGCGUAUGAUGAAGAAAGACAACAAAAAGUCUGCUAAAAGUGUAACUAGCGCUCUUGUUGUAGGAAUUAUGUAGUCGGAAUGAUUUUUGGUUCCCGGUUUUCGUUAGCAUUAUCUAUUUACGAUAUAUUCCGGGAAUCCUGUGCGCAUCCUGUGUGUGUCUCUCCGUGUGUCUGUAGUACUAUUUUUGUUUUACUCCGAGAUUUGUACUUGGACAGUUUCAUCCCUAUUUUGUCCUAGUUGCUCAUGCGACAGAGUGUAUGCUAAUUUAUAAUUUAUGUUUGAGUUGGGAACCGUUGAUCGUUUUCCAGAUUUUGCUUUUUCUUGCUGUCCGCGAAAACGACCUAUGUAUGCUAGCUAGCGAAAACUGCGUACUGUGUAAUAAUGCUGCUUCUGGGAAUGUUUUAAUAUGCAACGGGCAACAACGUUUCAUUCGCUUUCGUUUACACCCAAAAGCGUCACAAGUAAAUGCAGUAUUGUACGCAAUAUUUACACAGCUAAUAUGACACACGACACAGAGAAAGACGUAUAAAAUGCAUUGCUUUAAUCGAUUUCGUGAAAUAUAUACAAUUUUUUUGAUAAAUCAAUAAUGAUGUUUUCGAAAUGGUUAUAAAAAAAACAUUUCCUUCUAUCGGAGCGCCGCCUUACUUUCACAAAACUUACCCGCUCUAAAAAAGUACUGAAAUAACCAAUCAUUUGAGUAGUGAAUGGGGGGGGGGGUGACACCUGCAAAACAUUUCCUACUUCACGCCGCGCGCCAAAAUCCACCCGAGUCACAAAAUACUCUGUUUUGGGGAAGAGACAAAUCCUUAAUAAAAAACUAAACCUUACAAUUCCUGCAACAUUGGCGUGGGCAAAGGAGCAAUACCACAGCAGCCCACCUUGAAGGGAAGAAUUGAGCGAAAUUAUAAGUAUAAUAUAAUAUAUUUUGAUCGAGGUAUUAGUAUGAUACAAAACAAACUAUUUCUGCAAUACCUUUUGACAAAUACUGCACGAGGGGAGCAAGCUAUGAGCAUCAUCCGCGGCGGCAAUGUGAGCACGACGACGAAAAAAAAUACCAUAUUUGAGGAAACAACGUUCCCAUCCCACAUGCUUCUUUCGUCUAACACCAUUGUUUGUUAACAAAAAUGUAAAACUGUGCAAAAUGGGCUGGAGAGGUAGUGGAAUUGAAGUUAAUGGGAAAAACUAAACUAAAAGUAGUAACAACAACCAACAAACAAGUUGUAUAGACCAUCAGAAGAGUAGUAGCAAAGUAAAAUACAGAGCGAGGCAAAAAUGU